CGCGAGCACGUGGCGCGCGCGCGCGCACAGUGCAUGCCUGAGUGCACCGUACGCGACUUCCGCUUCACGGACACGCCGCUAAGUCGAGUGUGCGGUGUGGGGCGUGCGGUGUGUAGGACAAGGAAGCGCUCGCACCGUAGUACGGUAAUCGAACCGUGGUACAGUAAUCGUACUGUUGCACAGUAAUCGCACCGUGGUACAGUAAUGGCACCAUGGUACAGUAAUCGUACUGUGGUACAGUAAUCGCACCGUGGUACAGUAAUGGCACCAUGGUACAGUAAUCGUACUGUGGUACAGUAAUCGCGCCGUGGUACAGUAACGGCAAUGUAGUACAGUAAUAUCACCGUGGUACAGUAACGGCAAUGUAGUACAGUAAUCGUACUGUGGUACAGUAAUAUCACCGUGGUACAGUAACGGCAAUGUAAGUACAGUAAUCGUACUGUGGUACAGUAAUAUCACCGUGGUACAGUAACGGCAAUUGCGGCGGGCUCAUCGGGGUAACUGAGAGUGCGAGAGGAGAAGUUUGCGGGGUCGCGCUGCCCGUAAAUAAGAAAGCGAGACAGACAGACAGGGAGCUGAAGGACGUGUCUCAGCGUCGUGACACGGGCGAUGGCAGCGGGCGACAGGACGCAGGUGCGUCUGCACAACGGUGUCACCAAGGAGGUGUUCGUAAACGAGAUCCGGCCCCUGCGACGGCCGGCAGUGCUGCGAGGCGUGGAUUUGGGGCCGUGCCUGUCUCGCUGGGACGCCGAGUACUUGCGGGCAGCCGGGGGCACACGGCCCGUCCGGGUCCACGCCUCCCCCUCACCUCGCAUGGACUUCAUCCACAAGAACUUUGCCUACAAAACCCUCCCGUUCGAUGAGUUCAUUCAACGCACGGCUGAAGAAAAGCACUCUAAAUUCUUCUUUUGUGAGAAUGAAAAAUACUACCUGCGAGCUUUGGGCAACGACCCCAGAAAGGAUGUUGCUGACAUAAGAAAGCAGUUUCCCGAGUUGGCCAAGGAUGUCAUCCUCCCUGAAUUUUAUGAAGAAGAGCAGUUCUUCUCAAGUGUCUUCCGCAUCAGCUCCCCGGGCAUUCAGCUUUGGACACACUAUGAUGUUAUGGAUAACAUGCUCAUUCAGGUCGUGGGCAGGAAGAGAGUGGUGUUGUUCAGCCCCAGUGACGUGCCUUUCCUCUACCUCAAUGGCGACAAAUCAGAAGUCUUGGAUAUCGACAGCCCGGACUUGAAAACAUUUCCUGAGUUCAGCAAGGCCACCUGGCACGAGUGCGUGCUGGAGGCAGGAGAUGUCCUUUUCAUUCCAGCACUGUGGUUUCACAACGUGACGUCCUUGGAGUUUGGCGUGGCCGUCAACGUCUUCUGGCGGCAUCUUCCGCUUGACGCUUACGACCGCACGGACACCUACGGCAACAAGGACCCAGUGGCGGCCGCACGAGCCAUGCAGGUCCUGGAACGCGCGCUGAAGUCGCUGGCAGAGUUGCCUCCGGACUAUCAACGCUUCUACGGGCAGCGCAUGAUCCUGACGGUGCAAAGGAAGGUGCUCGGAAGAAAUUGCUCUGAACCAGCUGGAAAAUGAUGGCUGUAUUUAAGCAACUUAAAAAAAAGCAUCUAAUUGUAACAUGACUUAAAUUGUUUGAAGUGCCUCCAUCCUAAAAUGAGUAUUAGGGCUGUGCUUGUAUUCGUUAGUGGCUCCAAGCCAGUGGCGAAAAAUUUCACUUUCUCUUGGCAGGGGACAGCCUCCACAGACUGACCAAUGUCCCACAAAGUAAUACUCGUUUCAUUGACCCCUGAAGGAUAUCGGGUUAAGAUGACCCCCUGACCAUUUUUUUUUUACUUUCAGCCCAUUUGUCAAUCCACUACUGGGUGACAGCCUCCCCCAGUGCCAGGUCAGUCAUUGGGGGUUGUUUGACUAAAAUGUCACCAUGCUGGUCAGCUAAUUGCCUAAAUGUUGUAUCUAAAUGUACCAUAACAUAAUACACAUUUUUUUACAUAAUACAAAUGGAGUACAAAAUAGUCGGCAGUGCAAUAACUAACCUACUUCAGUCGUUAACUUACGAUCGUACAUUUUAUAGCGUUGGCGACACUUUUAAGUUUGAUAUUAAAGUUUUCGGAGGACAGCUGCGACGCAUAUGAAUAUGUACAGUGAAAGCAUAAUUAAAUAGUAAUUGUUUUGUCAAAAAAGAUCAUCUUAAGGAUUCAUUUCAAUAGCGUACAGGCAUAUGGUGAUACAUAAGAAAACGCAUGCUUCCUAAUGGCUGUGGUGCACCAUGUUAAUGAGUCCAUCUGCUGUGCCAGAGUGAACAUCACGGUCAGAAUUGCACACAGCUGACCACCUAGGCAACAGCCCUCAUCUGUAUUCAGAUACGUUUUGAUUUUAUUUACCGAUGUUUUUGUAUUAUUCAAUGUGGCAAUUAUUUACAUAAAUCUAAAUUUGCCUGAGUUUCUGCAGGAGGUUUAAGACUAUUUGGUUUGUUUUUGUUUAUUUUGGCCUGAAGGCUGAAACUUGCGAAUGUUAUUAAUCAUUAUGCCUGGUUUAUACAAUUAGUUUUUAUUGAUUAUUGGUGUGGAAAGAUAUAUUUUGAUAAACAUGCUCAAUGGUGACCUCUGCAGUUGGUGAUUGGGAUUGAUUGACCUUUGCUGUUUUAUGUACCAUUAAGCAUCAUAGUAAUGAACUGAUGUGAAAAACCACAUCAAGCAAUGACGUAUCUUCCUUAAUAGUUGAGUGAAAUGUUACUAUCCAGUUGCAUUGCAAAGUAUUGUUCUGGUGUAUAAAAUACUUGAGCAUGCGUGAUAUUCAAUAAAUGACUAAACAACGUU